CUGCAAAUAUUUCAUCCGGGCACCUGCCACGUUGAUAUGGUCUUGUACAAAUUAUUUGAUAACUGUAUGCCGUAUUCAUCCACGUAGUAAAACUUGCACAGGCCGGAUUGUUGUGUCAAUGAAGAUAAAAUACUAGCGAUGUCUUACCUAUUAGAAAUACUCGUUAUAUUAGGACUAUAUUGUAAUUUCGCCCUUGGAGUCGAGCUGACAUUUGAACUACCAGACAACGCUAGAGAUUGCUUUCACGAAGUUAUCGACAAGGAUGUCAAAUGCACCAUAGAGUUUCAAGUAAUAACAGGUGGAAACUAUGAUGUUGAUUUAGAACUGAAGAGUCCCUCAGGACAGAUUCUGUAUAAAGAUGUGAAGAAACAGUACGAUAGCUUCACCUGGACGACAGACAUGAGAGGAGAAUACACCUUCUGUUUUAGCAAUGAAUUUUCAACAUACAGCCAUAAGACAGUUUACUUUGACUUCCAAGUCGGAGAAGAGAAACCUCUCUUACCAGAUAUGGGGGCACAUGCUAAAGCUUUAACACAGCUGGAAUCUUCAGCAGUAACUAUCCAUGAAGCUAUGAAAGUUGUAAUAGAUUACCAGACUCACCACAGACUCAGAGAGGGUCAGGGGAGGUCGUUUGCCGAGGGACUGAACGAAAGAGUACAAUACUGGUCUAUAGGACAGACUGUUGUGAUUUUAAUAAUUGGAAUUGGACAAGUAUUAGUUUUACGUAGCUUUUUCUCUGACAAGAAAUCUGUGUCUGUUCAUACGUAGGGAAUGUGAUACAUUGUAGAUGUUCUUGUUCUUAUAUUUGUACAGAAAUUAACCUUAUUGUUUGCAAAAUGCAAGAUCUCUAAUGAAACAAUGCUUCUUUGUUGCUGUACAGACAUUAGUUUAUGUUGAGUGAUAUGGAUAGAUUUUGUCAUAGGGUAUGACUGAAGGAGUCAUAUUGAACUAUAAGCUCAUGACACUUAUUUGUCAUUGCUAACAACUCUGGUAUUGUCUGUCAUUAGAAACAUUGAAUAUUCUAAAUGAUAAGGCGUAAUAGUAACAGUGUUAGGCUCACACUAGUGUAGGAUUUUUUCCAAAUUCUUUUGAAAAUCUACUCUGGGCCAUGAAAGCUUUUAAAAUGCAUGCUCAAAAUAAUGUGCUAGAGCAACCCCAGAUGUAGUAUUCAGUUCUUUUACUUUUUUUCUACAGAGAUAGUUGCAACUUUCAUUUAAUUUACUGAUUGAUUUCUAAAUUGAAAUCUAGGGUUGUGUAAGCAUAUUAGAUAUUCAGUUGCAAAAAAAAAAAUAUAUAUAUAUAUAUAUUCUUGUGUUAUGCACAAGAUACAUGGAUGUAAUAAAUUGAAAUGAAGUUCAUUUUUAUAUAAGAUAUAAUGUGUAUGGCUUUUGUUUAUUUGUUUGUUUACAAAGACUGAGCAGAAAACCAGGUAACUUGUUAGCUGAUGCAUGGUUCCAGUUAUUGGGCAGAGUAUAAAUUUCUAGGUUCUUGUUUGUACGAUUUCCUGCAAAAUGGAUUCUUCAAACUAGGAUUUGUUGGUAAAUGGACACGUUAAAUAUAGCGGUUACGUUUAAUUUUCUAUUCAACUGCAAGUUGUUCAUUUGCACAGUGUCACAAUUUUUUUUUUAAUAAUGGAGGACGUGAAAAUUCAUUUAAAACUUUGUCUUGGCAUAGUUGUUUAUCAUAUCUAAAUGUAUUCGGAUAAAAUCAAAAAUACUCUAAAUGGAGAAAAAGUAAUUGAAAUUAUAUAUUGUGUUAUGUAAUUAUAUGCUUUUCAAUAUGCAUUUGGAUUGUUUUAGAUACUAUGCACACAAAGUAUAGUAUCAAGUUUGUUUCCAGCAUCAUACAUAUGGCAAGGUUGUAUUUUCCUCACUGCUUUCUAAAAUCUCCCAGGUAACCUUGGGAUGCAUUAUUAAUGUAAAAUGUAAUACCAUGUAAAUAAAGUAUCGUCUGGUAUUGUCUUA